AUGAAUCACCCUGGCUUUCCGCUGACCUGGAAUGGAGAGCGCCAACCUCGACUUCCGCAGUUGGGGCGUUCGGCGCAAGAAAUCCGAGAUGCCAGCCAACGAGGAGCCGCUUUCCGCAAUACAGUCGCGAUCCAGCCCGAUGCUGCAUUUCAGCUUCAGCAGUCAGCUUUCCCACCCCCCGUCCGUCAAGUACCUCAGCUCGAUCUCUUCGGCAACAAUGCGCAAGCCUCCCCCGCUCAGAGCCGCGCCUGGGAUAAUGUUUUCCAGAGUAUCCUUACUCACCCGGAUAUUGCGACCCAUCGAGACGGCGUUUGCAGCUACCUUCGCAUCCCAUCUGGGCUGUGGACCGAGCUCUACAAACCCCAGGUGUUCGAACACGUCCACCACCUGCUUACCGAUUGCCUUGCCCGAAAUUAUGGAAGGCUCCCUGAUGACCUCAGGAUCCUGAUCAACGAGCUUAGAGAUCUUCCUGAAUUCCCACAUUUGCGGGCCCACCUUGUCAACGUAAUCAUGUCGACUGUGCCGCAGCAGGAUCCCCCACAGACACCGUCGGUCUCCUCCGGACAGGAUGUAAGAGCGACGGUCAGUCACAGCGUUGGUUCAGACUUCGACAGGUCUGGGGAGACAAGUCCCAUCCUAGUGAUCUCCAGUCCUAGGACUGCACAAAGUGGUCGAACGGCAGUCACCACACCCCUUUCCGUGGGAAAUGUGCGAAGCACCCCACAGACGCCAUUUCAGAGGGCUAAAGGAAGAGCACCAAGGGGGGAAAGGUACAAAUGCCCGUACACCAACUGCAAGCAUGAGCCCUUCCGGAAUGCUGGGAACUUCAACAAUCACAUGCGCAGUUGCCAUGCCGAAUCGCCAUACCGCAAUCAACAUCCUUCCGACUUCCUAAUUCCAGACUUGUCUCCGCAGCCAAGUAUUCAAGGGGAUGCAAUGUCCUCGGCAGCCACAACCUCCAGUGGUUCACCCCUGAGCCACCGUAGACCGUCACAGGACUUUGGCAAUGGAGAGGUUGCGGACAUUGGUGACCGGAAUGCGCUCGAAAGCAUAGGAAAUAACGUAGUCUUUCAUGCCGGUCAUGUUGGACUUCAAGCUGGUGUGGCGCGAGGCGGUCUGAACCAUGCUGAUCCUCAAGAAGAGCAAGUUACCAGCGGGCUGGUGAACAGCUCGCUUCUCGAGAGCUUUACGUUCAGUCCAAGCAGCCGCCAACUCCAGCCUGACAUCAUUUGGGACGAUGCUGCCGACGACAUAAAUCGGCUGUCACCUACCGGAGCAGGGCCCGUAGGAUUUUACGACUUCCAAAUGAUGGAGAGAAGCAGGCGUAGUGACCGGACCUCGAGAUAG